GGUGUUCUCAGAGAUGCGCCAGGAGUGCAAAUGCCACGGCAUGUCGGGCUCCUGCACCGUGCGCACCUGCUGGAUGCGCCUGCCCACCUUCCGAGCCGUGGGCGACGUCCUCAAAGAUCGCUUCGACGGAGCCUCCAGGGUCAUUUACGGCAACAAAGGCAGCAACCGAGCCUCGAGGGUCGAGCUGCACCACCUGGAACCCGAAAACCCGGCCCACAAACCUCCCUCACCCCACGAUUUGGUUUAUUUCGAGAAAUCGCCCAAUUUCUGCACCUCCAGCGGGAAGAUGGGGACGGCGGGGACGGCGGGGCGGGCGUGCAACAGUUCCUCGCCGGGUUUGGACGGCUGCGAGCUGCUGUGCUGCGGGAGGGGGUUCCGCACUCGCACCCAGCGCGUCACCGAGCGCUGCAACUGCACCUUCCAUUGGUGCUGCCACGUCAGCUGCCUCAACUGCACCAACACUCAGGUGCUGCACGAGUGCCUGUGAGGGAGCCGGGGCUCCGUCCG